UCAAGACACAAUUCUUUUUUAAUUAGCAAAAAAAACAAUUCUUUUUUGUUUCUCUCUUUCUCUGUCUAUCCUAAUUCCUAAUUUCCCAAACUCUCUCUCUCUAGAAGGACACCCAACAGUCGCAACCUUUGUUGCCUCUGUUCUUCUUAACCGUCACCAUCUUAAACCUACUUAUCCUGCGCACCCUCUGGAUAGUCUUGGCCGAUUGAUGAAAGCAAGGCCCGUGAUUUGGAAACUCAAGAGACGACGGCGACGAAUCGGAGAAGGCUAAAUCCGUGACAAAAAAGGUUUCUUUUUUGGGUGGGCCGAUGGAGGUCUUGGUAGGUUCCACCUUCGGCAUCGACGUCUCCUCGUCCCAGGCGUACGUUAGAGAGGCCGCACAGGAUAACCUCGCCGCCGUGGCUUCCUGCAUCGGAGUCGGGUCGGGCUCGCGGAUCUGCGCUCCGGAUAAGGCUCCGGUCGAAGACUCCUCUGAUAGUUCGUCGUCGAUCGGAGCUCCGGACGACAGCGACGAAGAAGAAGACGACGCGUCGUUUAAGGGCGACGCCGACAAAGACGAGGCACAGAACAAGUUUCGCGGUCGGUCGUUCGGUUCUCUUAUCAAGAGGGGAUUAUCGAACCACUUUUCUGGAAAAUCAAAGUCGUUUGCGAAUCUGUCAGAUGUGAGCACAGCGAAUGAUCUUGUUAAGAGAGAGAAUCCAUUGAACAAAAGGAGGAGAAUUCUGAUUGCUUCAAAGUGGUCAAAGAAGUCAUUUUACAGUUGGGCAAACCCAAAAUCCAUGCCCCUUUUGACCCUCAAAGAGAAUGAUGAAGAAAACCAAGCUGAAAAAGAGGAACAUGAAGAAAGCCAAGAAAAAGAAGAAGAAGAAGAAAGCGACAGUGAUGACGAAUCAUGUCGUUUUGGUUUGCCAAAGUUUAAUGAGAAGAGGCUCAAGAGUUUCAAGACAAGGAGUUGUUUCUCCCUGUCACAUCUGCAAGAGCAUAAUAGACUCGUAGAUGAAGAGGAUCAUCAUCAAAACUAGAACAGCUUUUUAGCCUCUUUUUUAUUUUUAUUUUUUUUAUUUCCUUUUAUUUUAUUUUAUUUUUUCUGGUGGGUUGAGUGUUUUCAAUGCCCACUGAAGAAAAAAAGGGCAAAUGUUAAAUGAGACAUAUAUAAUAGUUCUUCUUUAUUUUGGAAA